AUGUCUACUAUCGAUUCUAAGACUACACAAAGAUCUGUAACAUUUAUAAACUGCAAGACUCCACCUGCUAUCACAACUAAGGAAAUUUCUUUAGAUUGNNNAUGUUAUUCUGACGAUGAGAUCGUCAUAAAUUUAAAAGCGGCUGCUCUUACUCCAAUUGACUUUGUUCUUCACAGUUUUUGCUUCCCUUAUCUUACUCGCAACGAUCCCAAGACAUACUCUAGAGACUAUGCUGGUGUCAUAGUUCGAAGGGGUGCAAAUGUUGAUCCUAAAUGGCAAAUUGGGGAUCGUGUAAAUGGUGUGUUUUCUCACAUAUAUGGAAGCCAGGGUAGUUUGUCUGAUUAUCUGAUUAUUAAUCCACUACAACAGCUUUCCAUUGCACAUAUGGCUGAGACUGAAAAUUUUGAAACAGCCGCUUCUUGGCCUAAUGUGUUCGGUACUGCAUAUGCUGUUCUUUUCGAUAAAAAGCAAAAAUGGGAUGAAAACUCUAAAAUUCUAGUUAUUGGCGCCUCUACAUCGGUCUCUAACUGUUUAGUUCAGAUAGCCAAAAACCAUUUGAAAAUAGGUACCAUCGUUGGUGUAUGUAAUAAGGAUUCAAUAGAUUAUAAUAGGCAAUUUGGCUAUGAUUAUCUCUUACCUUAUAACGACAACGAAGGUAAUAAUGUAACUGUGGAUAAUGUUAAAAAAUUAAUCCAAGAGAAAUUGAAUGAUGAAAAAUUCGACUUAAUUUUUGAUUCGGUUGGUAACAAUCAGUUUUUUCCGAUUAUGGAUCAAGUUUUAAGGCCAAUUGACACCGGUUCAUAUUUUGUAACUGUUGUCGGUGAUUCAAAAUAUAACUACCAGAAUCCAAGUCUAUUGAAUUUCAUACCAUUUACAAUGCCAUUGAGAGUCCUGAAUCCUUUUAGAGGAUUUAACUACUUCUUUGCCCACGUCAAAGCUGUGUCUGAGUUCAUGGAACUAGGUGCGUUAAUGAUAAAAAGGGCCACUUUCAAACCACAGAUAGAUUCUACAUAUUCGUUCAACGACUUCAAAAAAGCAAUUGAAAGGUUAAGAUCGAAUAAGGCAAAGGGUAAGGUCGUUAUUAAAAUCGACUGA